AUGGCCACAGUUGUUGCUCCCAAAGAAUUUUCUCCCGUUGAAGAUGCAGAAACAAUCAAGAAGGCUUGUCUAGGAUUGGGAACGGAUGAGAAAGCCAUAAUAUCAGUGCUGGGGAAUCGGAAUUCGUUUCAAAGGAAACUUAUCAGGCUAGCUUAUGAAGAGAUAUACCAUGAGGAUCUAAUUCAUCAACUUAAAUCUGAGAUUUCCGGAGACUUUGAGAGAGCAAUGAGCCACUGGACCUUGGAGCCAGCUGACAGAGAUGCUGUCCUUGCCAACGCGGCCUUGCAGAAAUCAAAACCUGAUUACAGAGUAAUUGUUGAAAUUGCAUGUGUCGGAUCACCGGAAGAUCUCUUGGCGGUGAAGCGUGCCUACCGGUUUCGUUACAGGCAUUCUCUCGAAGAAGAUGUGGCCCUUCACACCAAGGGUGACAUUCGAAAAGUCUUGGUUGCUCUCGUAAGCGCCUAUAGAUAUGAUGGCCAUGAAGUUGACGAAGAUUUGGCGAUUUCAGAAGCUGGUCUUCUCCAUGAUGAUGUAUAUGGAAAGGCUUUUAACCACGAUGAAUUGGUUAGGGUAUUGACUACAAGGAGCAAGGCACAGCUCAAUGCAACUUUCAAUCGUUACCAAGACAUCCAUGGAAAAUCCAUUACCAAGGGGCUGCUGGGAGACCCCAUUGAUGAAUAUCUAGGUGCCUUGCGAACUGCAGUCCGGUGCAUUCGAGAUCCAAGAAAGUACUUUGUUAAGGUCUUGCGAAGGGCCGUCCAUAUAGAGGACACCGAUGAAGAUGCUCUUAGUCGUGUGAUCGUCACGCGUGCAGAGAAAGAUUUGAAGGAGAUCAAGGAGCUCUACCUGAAGAGAAACAACGUCUCUCUCGAUCAAGCAGUAGCAGCAGACACGCAUGGAGAAUACAAGGAAUUCCUUCUGACCUUAUUAGGGAAUGAGAAGAAUUGAUCAGCUCUAA